AUGGGUGGCGAUCUGAAUUUAAAGAAAUCAUGGCAUCCGUCGCUGCUCCGCAAUCAGGAGCGCGUGUGGGCGGAAGAGAAACGAGCCCUAGAGGAACGCAAACGCAUCGAGCAACUCCGUCGUGAACGGGAAGAAGAGCGCCAGAUCCAAGAACUACAGCGCUUGCAAGAAGCUUCGGGGAAAGGUCGCCAGCUGAACCGGGUCGAUUGGAUGUACCAGGCGCCAUCGAGCGCAACAGGUCACUAUGCUGAAGAGAUGGAAGGAUACCUAUUGGGCAAGCGCCGUAUUGAUGGGAUUCUGCUCAAAAAUGAUGAGAGCAAGAAGCUGGAGAAGGGGACUGAUGUCGUGGGGGCUAAUGCCGCCCCGCCACCUGUGAAUAACCCCCGGGACACCAUGGCGAAGGUCAUGGCGGAUCCGUUGCUCGAGAUCAAGAAACGCGAGCAGGCUGCUUAUGAGAAUAUGGUGAAGGAGUCGGUGAGACGGAGUCAGCAUAUCCGUGACAAGGAUCGUGAUAGGGAUAGGGAACGCCGUCGUGACCGUGGUGACCGAGAUCGGAGUCGCGAUCGGGAUCGCAGCCAUAGACGUUCGAGACAUGAAGAUGAGGAUGCGCACCGUUCUCACCGCCAUCGAUCACAUCGGCACAGGUCUCGGUCUCCCUUGUCGCCAGACCGGUCCGACAGGAAACGGGGGGAUGAUCGCGAUUACAGAGACGAGAGAGAUAGACGGGAUGAUCGCAGAGAUGAGCACAGAGGCCAUGAUCGGAGGGAUGAUCGUCGGAGUGAGAGAGACCGCAGAGCGGAUAGGGGCGACGAAGACCGACAUUCCAGCAGAUACAAGGACCGUGAUGACCGAUAUGACCACUCCACGCGGCGACGAUCAUAUGCAGAUCGUUCGCCAUCUCCUCGACGCGGCAAUCACUACUAUGAUAGACGCCGAACAGAGGACAGGAGCGAUGGAUAUCACAGAGACUCUCGAAACCAUGAUCGGCCAGAAUUCUACCGAGGCAACGACAGGAAAGUUAACAAGGAACCCAGAGACUCGAAUCUUAGGGAACGCAGCUCGAAUACUAGAGAUGAAGUUGCUGGUAACAAAGAAAAGGUUCUGGAAGAGGAACGCAAAAAGAAGCUGGCUGAGAUGAUGUCCAACGCAGACGAGUUGGAACAAAAGCGUCUUCAGCGCAUUGCCGAGGUCACAGCUAUGGAAGAAAAAGAGCGCGAAGCAGACGAAAAGCAGCGCUCUGAACGGGGCCGCUUUGUUGGUCAACUCCAUCGUCAGCUCCAGGAAGAUAGUCUGGACGAUCGGAUUCGACGCAGUCGAGGUGGCUUGGAGAGGAUGGAGGAUUAG